AUGAGCGCAUUCAAGUCCUAUGACGACUAUGCCUGGGCAAUAAGCUCCCAGAUUUGGAAGGACUGGCCAAAACUUCUUCGCACUGAUGAGGACAUCAAGAAUAACAUUCAAGUCAUUCUUUCCGAAGAAUUUCGCGACAUUGAAUGUCUCCGAUUUCAUUUCCUCCACACAGGCGGAUUCAAUACCUGCUUCAAGAUGGAUUUCACCAAUCAUUGCGGCGCUAUUAUAUGGUUCCCACUGCCCGGUGCUAUCAUUUUCCCGAAGAGAAAGGACGUUACCCCGAUCAAAGGGUCGUCAUACUUUGAAGCCUUGGCAGAACUUCAUAUCUCACACCUCAUAAGCCAAAGAAACGAGGCAGACAUUGAUAUGGAUAUCGAUAUGGAUGUCUUAGCGGAUAACUACCGGCGCAAAUUUAUGGCCAGAUUCCUUUUUCGAAAACUUGCUCGAGACCAAGAGCAGAGAAAACAAUUGAUUUUCCAUGAUAAUGGCCCAUUUCCAGUUUGGUGUGACGAUUUUCGACCAGAAAAUGUUCUAGUUGAUAAAGCUGAAAACAUCGUUGGAGUGGUGGAUUGGGAGUUUACAUAUACCGCCCCAGUCGAGUUCACUCAUGCGCCGCCUUGGUGGCUUCUUCAAAAGCCGGAAGAUUGGCCUAAUGGCCUUGAUGACUGGUGUACGGAGUACAAGAAACGGCUUCCGGUAUGUCUUCUGGCAAUGCAGAAAUGUGAAGAUCAGGCAAUCCAGAACAAACGGCUGGUAGAAGGCCAGCGGCUAUCUAGUCGGAUGCAGUACAGUUGGCAGAGCGGAGACUUUUGGAUCAUGUACGCUGCAAGGAACAAUUUUGCCUUCGACACGAUAUAUUGGAAGAAGACUGACCAGCGAUUUUUCGGGUCAACCAGACAUGAAGAUGAUAAUACUUGUGAAGUAUGGCGGAGUAGACUUCAUCUAUUGGAUCCCAGAGAGGUGAAGCUCAUCGAGGAGUAUGUGGAAUUGAAGCUCGAAGAGAAGAAAGAGGAGAAGAAGAAGAAGAGGAACCUCACUUGGGACGUCGAUGAGUACACCAAGGAAUGGAUGGAACGAAUGAUAAAGAAGAGGAAAAAGGAGAUGGAGAGAGAGGAAACGUUUGCUUAG